AUGGACAUCCUUCAGGAAUCAGUUCUCAACACCCCUGGAUAUUACGAAUAUCUCCACCUCUUCGGGAGGGAUCUUGAUGACACCCUUGGCACAGACAAAAAGAAAACUUCAAUCAACACCAUCAGUGCCUUCGCUCUCAAGGACGGUACCAUUGAUUUCAAUUUGAAUAAAAUUGGGAACUUCACCACGGAGCAGUUUACUGGACAGCGUUAUGACCGCUUGAACCUACCGCCAUUGACUCAAACAGAACAGUGGCAUCAACGGCUUGCAGAGGAGGGGUUGCUCGAGGCAAAGCCUCAAGACACGACAGCAACGCUGAAUGUCAUCUACGUUCACAUUAACCCUGUUUUCCAAGAGGUGUCGAAAGAGGCAUUGCGGAAUCUGUUCACAGCUUUUGGGCUGGACCAUUCCUUCCUACACUCCCUGUGCAGAUUUGCAGACAACUGGCACUGCAUCCGGCGCGACGACGUCAAAGUGUCUCGAGACGCAGGUAUCGCCAAUGUCACAAUAGCACAAAUAUCCAGAUCCAUGGGCGUUGCUCUCAUGUUGCUCGAGGAGCUGGAAGAUGGAAAUGUUUGGCGAAAAUGGUGCCGGAAGUUUCGACCAACAGACUCCGAAAGACAAUAUGGUGUCGCCGCCAAAUGGCUGGCAGGGGGACUGCCUAGUUGCAGACAGAUCCUCAAGAACGAAACAUUACAGAACCGCUCGUGGGAAGACAGGGUCAGAGCCCUCACACCAAUUAUAUAUGCCAAUCUCACUCGCGCGGACACGUCAUCUAUGAAAACGAUCGCAGUCAUGACUAUGGCAUUCUUGCCGGCAACAGCCGUUGCCGCUAUAUUCGCCGUACCUUGGGAGCGCGGGAGCCAGAUGAUCCAGAAUAUUCAAGAGUGGAUGACGUGGUUUCGACCCCAGCCCCAAGAAAUUACUCGCAAAUUUAUUAUGAAUUCAAUUGGUGGUUCUGCCGUUUAG